AUGAACAAAAUCCAAAACUAAAUGAAAUGAUCCACCUGGACAUCACUAUUUCACAGGACUUAAUGGAGGAGCAGGUGUCACUUCAUGAGCAAGACUAUUUCAAUAAGACACCAGGACCUUCAUCCAAAGGUGAAGAUAGUCCAAAAGUAAAUGAAGUGAUCCACCUGGACAUCACUGUUUCACAGGACUCAAUGGAGUCUACAUCUUCACCCACCCUCCAUAAUCUCAUCCAGGAGGAGCAGGUGUCACUUCAUGAGCAAGACCGUUUCAAUAAGAUGCCAGGACCUUCAUCCAAAGAAAUUACCCUUAAAUUAGGAUUUUUUUAUGAAAAAAAGCUUCCAAAUAUUGAGAUGACUGUCCCAAACAGUGAUAAAUAUGUGAAAGCAGCUGUGCCUUUCAUGUGCAAGAUGCCUCCCAUGGUUGGGAAGGAUAUAACAGAACAUCUUAUCCUCCCUAGGUUUUUUGAGAUGUGCUGUGAUUGUAGAGCAUUUCAUGUUCGAAAGGUCUGUGCUGCCAAUUUUGGAGAUAUUUGCAGUGUAGUUGGCCAGCAAGCCACUGAGGAAGUGUUGCUGCCCAGGUUUUCCAAGCUGUGUUCUGAUAAUGUAUGUGUAGUCUGGAAGGCUUGUGCCAAGUGCUUCAUGGCAGUUUCAUAUGCAACCAGUGAAGAAAUCCAAAUGACCAAGCUAUCAACAUUAUUUAUUAACUUGGUCAGGGAUCCCUGAUUUUGGGUUUGCCAAGCAGCUUUUCAGUCUCUGGGACCUUUCAUAUGUACUUUUUCUAAUCCAUCUAGCUCAGGUCAAUAUUUUAAAGAAGAAAACAACAGUUCAGAAAAUAUAUCAGAAGAUAAAAGUAGGAUCAGAGACCAAGACUCCCUUCAGGAUGGGCAGAUCAGGCCAGAGGAUGUUCCUUUGGAUAUCAAUAUCACUAAUUCCAGUGUCAAACUGGGAAACACACUGGAAGAUAGUGCUGCUGAAACAUCCAGGAACUCUUCAAGUGAAAUAAACAUUCUAGGGGAUAAUUUACUCUGUAUUUUGCCUUCAGAAUCUCAUCAAGAAGCAGCUAGCAAGGAGAAUGGUAAAAAACCUGGUAACUGCCAAUCAGUAUUCCAACCAGAGGCUGGAACAAGUUCAGAAGAUUACACUCACUUAUAUCAGGAAUUAUACAAUUCAUUCGAUUUCUGGAGAACUUUUCUUCCUGAAAUUGAUCUAGAUAUAGAUCUUGAACAGGACUCGGGAAGAGUCAUCCCACAGAGACCAGGAGAAGCACACAAUGUACCUGUGCCAGGUUCUCCAAACAUCAACAUGGCCACCAGGAGCAAACUGGAAAAAAUGAUAGAAAAUCUAGAGCCCCUUAUUGAUGAUCCAGAUGUUAAAGCACAGGUGGAAGUGCUGUUAGGUGUGCUGCAUGCUUUCAAACUGGGUGCUCAUGGGGAGACCUUCAGUAGAGAGCAGAGACUUGAGGUGCAAGAAGAGCUGGGUAUAGGUAAGAAACCAAAUUGGAACAUAAACCAAGUUGCUUCUGUGCCUUUAAUCAGCAUUGCUGAUGAGAAUAUAGAUGCCACUGCUCACUAUGUGAGUAGCACUAGUGGCUUCAGCCCCAAGGAGGAAAGGAGGCCUAAGGUGCAAGAUGUUGUACCCCAGGUUUUAUUGGAUCAGCACUUGGCAAUGACCAAUCCACCUCUUGCAGAGACAGUUGACACUGAAAUUGCUAAGCAUUGUGCAUACAGCCUGCCAGGUGUGGCCCUGACACUUGGCAAGAGGAAUUGGCACUGCCUGAGAGAGACAUACAAGAUUCUGGCCUUAGACAUGCAGUAUGAAGUUCGGAGACAUUUGGCAUUCUCCAUCCAUAUGCUUGCACUUAUUCUUGCAGAGGAGUUGACAGCUGCAGAUAUGGUACCAAUUUUUAAUGGGUUUUUAAAAGAUGUUGAUGAAGUCAGGAUAGAUGUCCUUAAACACUUGUAUGAUUUUCUGAAGCUUCUUCAUAUUGACAAAAGAAGAGAAUAUCUUUCUGAACUUCAGGAGUUUUUGAUGAUAUUUGAUAACAGUAGAAAUUGGUGCUUUCAAGCUGAACUGACUGGGCAGCUGAUUUUACUUCUAAAAUUAUAUAGGAGCAAAGCAUCAUGGCACUUAAGAUGGACUGAGACAGUGAUGUCAACUAUUUUGCAGGCAUCCUUCCCACCAGUACCAAAACCUCUGAAGGUGCCAUGA